CCCGCAUUGAUAGAGGCAGCAUUGCACAGCCAGUUCCGAGUACAGGUCUCUCACUUCUAAAAUUGCCUUAUCUGCUUCCUUCUACUGGUCACAUUUGGUUUUGGGUUGCUGGUGAGCAGCCCUAGGAGAGCUUUCCCUUUUUUUUCCUUUUCUUUUUUCCAUUUCCAAACACCUUUCUAAAGAACAAGAAAGCUACGGAGUUUCGGAAAGGCUGCGGUGAGCUGCGGUGUCCAAAACAAAGAACGUUUCCUGAACUCUGGGACGGGCAACAGCUGAUUUACUGCUGAGCGCUGAGGAUGUGAAAUUCUGGAGGACAUUCACACACCGGGGAAGCAGAGACGGCCCACAGCAGCACCGCGGGUGCCACAGAGACCGCCGGCACCCAUGUGCCCACCCGACUGCCCAGCCAGCAGCAGCCCCACCAAUGGAACCCUCAAUACCAGCCAGGUGAUGGGCAGCACGGAUGCGAUCUACAUUGGCACUGAGUGCCUGGUGGCUCUGCUUGCUGCCCUGGGGAACAUCCCGGUGGUCUGGGCGGUGAAGCUGAACGCAGCCUUCCACAACACCACCAUGUACUUCAUUGCCUCCCUGGCGCUGGCUGACAUUGCAGUGGGGUUGGUCGUCAUCCCGCUGGCCGUGUUGGUCAGUCUGCACGUCAGCAUCCCGUUCCAUUUCUGCCUCUUCCUCUGCUGCCUCAUGGUGGUCUUCACCCAAGCCUCCAUCCUUUCCUUGCUGGCCAUCGCCAUCGACCGCUACCUGCGUGUGAAGCUGCCCAUCAGAUAUAAAAUAAUGUCUACAGAGAGAAGGAUUUGGUGGGCGCUGGGGCUGUGCUGGUCUGUGUCCCUGCUGGUAGGAUUAACCCCAAUGUUUGGAUGGAACAAACGAAGAAGCGCCCGCUAUCACACGUGUGAAUUUAUCUCUGUGAUGAGGAUGGAUUACAUGGUGUAUUUUUCAUUCUUCACGUGGACUCUCAUCCCUCUGAGCACCAUGUGUGCUCUCUACGUGGCAGUAUUUUACAUCAUCAGGACAAAGCUAAGUCAAGGAGCAACCAAUGGGAGGGGGAUGGGAGCGUUCUAUGGGAAGGAGUUCAGGAAAGCCAAAUCUCUGGCACUCGUUCUGUUCCUGUUUGCUGUGUCCUGGUUGCCUCUGUGCAUCAUGAACUGCGUUUUCUACUUUCACCCUGAAUAUAAGAUUCCUAAGCCUUGGAUCUUCUUGGGAAUCUUGUUGUCUCAUGCCAAUUCUGCCAUAAACCCCAUUGUCUAUGCUUGCAAGAUAAAGAAGUUCAAAACCACUUACCUUUUAAUUUUAAGGACCUACAUCCUAUGCAGAAAAAAGCCCGAAGCCAGACUCAGCUCUAACAGAUUAAACACAGCAGCUGUCAUAGACACAGAAUGAACGUUGACCCACCAGCACACACCAGACCACUGAUAAAAUGCUUUCAGGAACUCAUGGGAAAAACACGUCCUGUUCAUCUGCUGCCUGACACAAGCUGGCGAUAAGAGCAAGCUCCUCACACACUGAUUCCCAUAUGACAUUAAGCUCCAAAGUUAAUUUGCAAACUUUUAUAUUAUUAUAACCCAGUAAAUCUGGCCUGGUUGUUGCUGUACCAAGCCCAGACCUUCUCAGGUAAUCACCUGCCUUUAAGAGCACCUUCUGGUUCAUGUUUACUGACUUGAGUGUUGCUUGGCAGACUAUGACCCAAAGCA